AUGUCUGGCCACAAAGGUGGCAAGAAGUCCCUGAAGCAGCCCAAGAAGCAGGCCAAGGAGAUGGACAAGGAAGAUAAGGCAUUCAAGCAGAAGCAAAAAGAGGAGCUGAAGAAACUUGAGUUAAAUGCCGUGGGGAGGGGCCCCCUGGCCACAGGUGGGAUUAAGAAAUCUGGCAAAAAGUGA